CUCACUUUUUCACAAAUUAACCAACUCAACACCUUCACCUGGGAGAAGUCAUGGGGAAGAAGGGGAAAGCACUCGCGAAGGAGAGAAGAGAGAAGAGGCUCCAAGAGAUCUCAGAGCUCCGGAAAGUGGCCUACGCCCUAUCAGAAAGAUGGUGGUCGUCGGAGACUGUGGCAGCUGUGACCGGAAGUAACCGAGGUAUUGGUUAUGAGAUUGCACGGCAACUUGCAGUGCAUGGGCUGCAUGUAAUUGUCACCUCUAGGGAUAGUAAGCAUGGUCGGGAAGUAGUCGGUAGUUUGCGAGAAGAUGGACUAAGUGUAGAUUACUGUCAGUUGGAUGUCUUGAAUGAGGUUUCUAUUCAGACAUUUGCAAGAUGGAUCAGUGAAAAGUAUGGCGGUCUCGACAUCUUGGUAAAUAAUGCCGGUGUGAACUUCAAUACCGGUUCAGAUAAUUCUGUUGAAUAUGCUGAGAGGGUUAUAAACACAAAUUAUUUUGGUGUUAAACGAAUGAUUGAGGCUGUGAUUCCUAUAAUGCGGCCCUCCAUUUAUGGUGCUCGGAUAUUGAAUGUGAGCUCACGACUUGGUAGAGCCAAUGGCAGGCGAAACAGAGUGGAUGACAUGACCCUGAGAGAACAACUUCUUAGAGAUGAAUGUUUAUCUGAGGAACUUAUUGAUGGAAUGGUUUUGAAGUUUCUUGAUCAAGUGAAAAAUGGGACAUGGGUGUCAAAUGGAUGGCCUCAGAUGUUCACUGACUACUCUAUAUCAAAACUGGCUGUUAAUACUUACACAAGAUUAAUGGCGAAGAGGCUCUCGACAAAGCCUGAUGGUGAGAAGGUAUACAUAAAUUGCUUUUGUCCAGGAUGGGUGAAGACGGCCAUGACAGGUUGGCAAGGCAAUGUUUCCGCAGAGGAAGGUGCAGACACCGGAGUUUGGGUUGUCCUGAAACCUGGCCGACCAGACACCGGAAAAUUUUUCGCCGAGAGGCGUGAGAUAAGCUUUUGAUUUGCAGUCUAUAACGAUGAACAGAUUGAUUAUGUGACUUCUGAUUUCAGUUCCUCAUUCCAUGAAGAAGGCCAAACAUUAUGAUAGCAACUGGUUAAUGUCUGCAUUGUUUAGUAGGCAACAUUUAAGAUUGGAUGGCAAAUAUAAUGAAUGUUG